UCCUCCGAAAGAAAGUCAAAGAAGAGGAGACAACUUCAGCUUUGCGACCGAUCUGCAGCACCUUUUGCAAGUUUCCCUUCUUAUCAACGCGGGUUAAAGAUAGGAAGGAUUCCUAGGACGGCGCGUCAUCUUUUUUGGCAGCUUCUGUGGCGGCUCGGGGUCCUGCCUUGAUGAAGAUAAACAAAGUCAACAAGAAACGGUGAGCACUGAAGCUUGUGGUUGCAGAGUCCGCAGUGGCCCCCCUCGCGAGAUGGAGGGGAGAGAGGCCGAGCCCGCCGACGGGGUUCUCGUGUUCGCUGUCAACGGGGAGAGGUUCGAGGUCUCGGGCAUCGACCCCUCCACCACUCUGCUCGAGUUCCUCCGCACUCGGACUCGGUUCAAGAGCGUCAAGCUCGGUUGCGGUGAAGGUGGCUGUGGUGCUUGUGUUGUCCUCUUGUCCAGAUAUGAUCCUGUGCUUGACCGAGUUGAGGACAUCACUGCAAGUUCAUGUCUCACCCUGCUAUGUAGUGUAAAUAGAUGCUCUAUUACAACUACUGAAGGGCUUGGGAACAGCAAAGACGGGUUCCACCCGAUCCACCAAAGGUUCUCCGGCUUCCACGCCUCUCAGUGUGGCUUCUGCACCCCUGGGAUGUGUAUGUCGCUCUACGGUGCGCUGGUCAAUGCCGAGAAGACGGACAGGCCUGAGCCUUCUCCAGGAUUCUCCAAACUGUCCGUCUUUGAGUCUGAGAAGGCUAUCGCAGGAAAUCUUUGCCGCUGUACCGGGUAUCGGCCUAUAGCUGAUGCUUGCAAAAGUUUUGCGGCUGAUGUCGAUUUGGAAGAUUUGGGACUCAAUUCUUUUUGGAGAAAGGGGGAUAGUGAGGAGUUCAAGAUGAGUAGGUUACCUCCGUAUUGCCGCAAAGAUGAGAAAUGCACGUUUCCCAAGUUUCUGAAGAAAGAAAUAAAGUCUUCUGCGGUCUUGGAUGCUAAGAGGUAUGACUGGUAUACUCCGACCACUGUUGAAGAUCUUCGAUGCCUGUUGGAAACUGAUGGCACCAGCGAUGCUUCCCUUGUAAAACUAGUCAGUGGAAACACGGGGAUGGGUUACUAUAAGGAAGUCAAGCGAUGGGAGAAGUACAUUGAUCUCAGGAAUAUUCCUGAGCUCGCCAUUGUCAAAAUAGAUGAAACAGGAAUUGAAUUUGGGACAACUGUGACAAUUUCUAAGGCUAUUGAAGCAUUGAGGGAACACAGCAAGUGUAUGCCAUCCACAGAGGGUGGAAUGAUAUUCAGAAAAACUGCUGAUCACAUGGAGAAAAUCGCUUCAGGCUUUAUCAGGAACACAGCUAGUCUGGGAGGAAAUUUAGUGAUGGCGCAGAGAUUUCAUUUCCCUUCAGAUAUUGCUACUGUACUUCUCGCUGUAGAUUCACAGGUGACUGUAAUGUCCGGACCCAAGCAAGAAAGGCUUACAUUGGAGGACUUUUUAGAAAGGUCUCCGUUGGAUUCCAAAAGUGUACUUUUAAGUAUUAAAAUCCCAACUUGGCACUUGAGAAAAAGUAAGGCUUCUGAAGCCAUGAAAAGACUACUUUUUGAAACAUAUCGAGCUGCACCGCGACCUCUUGGGAAUGCAUUGCCCUAUUUAAAUGCAGCUUUCUUGGCUGAAGUUACUGUUAGUGAGGCUCUUCAUGAAAUUUUCAUAAACAAUUGUCAGUUAGCUUUUGGUGCUUAUGGGACUCAACACGCUAUACGAGCAAGAAAGGUCGAGGAAACUUUAACUGGAAAAGUGCUGAGCCUGAGUGUAUUAAGAGAGGCAAUUGAAGUAGUUAAAGCUACUAUUGUGGCAGACUAUGGAACAAGGGAUCCUGCUUACAGGUCAAGCUUGGCUGUUGGCUUUGUUUUUAAGUUCCUUAGCCCCCUUGUUGAGUCUAGGGCUAAAACAGUCAAUAAUGGUUUACAUGGUUACAAGAGUGCGAUUUCGGCUGGGGAACCCAAUCUAACUCAGGAACACGGGGAGUUUCCACAUAGCCAAAUCUCUUCCUUGCUAUCAUCAGCAAGUCAGGUUGUCGAACUGAAUAAAGAUUACUAUCCUGUUGGAGAGCCAAUUAAAAAAUCCGAAGCAGCCAUUCAGGCUUCUGGUGAAGCUGUGUAUGUUGAUGAUAUUCCUUCACCAGCAAAUUGCCUAUACGGGGCAUUCAUAUACAGCACCAGGCCUCUUGCACGGAUAAAGGGUAUCAGAAUACCAUCUAGUGUACCAUCUAAUUCUGUCUACUCAAUCAUUUCCUUUCAAGACAUUCCAGAUGGUGGACAGAAUGUAGGAUCAAGUACCAUAUUUGGUUUCGAACCUUUGUUUGCUGACGAGCUCGCUCACUGUGCCGGUCAGCCUAUUGCCUUAGUGGUAGCCGACACACAGAAACAUGCUGAUAUGGCUGCAGACUCUGCAGUGGUUGACUAUGAUGUGGAUAGUUUAGAAACACCCAUUUUAUCGUUAGAAGAGGCUGUUGAGAGAUCUAGUUUCUUUGAGGUGCCUUCUUUCCUUUACCCCAGUGAAGUUGCGGAUUUAUCAAAGGGAAUGGCUGAAGCGGAUAACAAAAUUCUUUCUGCAAAGAUUGAACUGGGAUCACAGUACUACUUUUACAUGGAGAACCAGACUGCACUAGCUGUACCGGAUGAAGAUAACUGCAUGGUCGUCUAUAGUUCGAGUCAGUGCCCUGAAUAUGCACACAACACAAUUGCAAGGUGUCUUGGCAUUCUUGGACAUAAUGUUCGUGUUAUUACGAGAAGGGUUGGAGGAGGGUUUGGUGGAAAAGCUAUAAGGGCCAUGCCGGUCGCUACCGCAUGUGCACUUGCAGCUCAUAAACUGCGGCGCCCGGUAAGGACUUAUCUCAACCGCAAAACAGAUAUGAUUAUGGCAGGAGGACGGCAUCCCAUGAAAAUAACUUACAGUGUUGGAUUCAAGUCCAAUGGCAAGAUUACAGCCUUACGACUUGACAUAUUACUAAAUGGAGGAUUAUCUACUGAUAUAAGUGUAGUGAUGCCACUGCAUAUGGUUGAUGCUAUUAAAAAGUACGACUGGGGUGCUCUAUCAUUUGAUAUAAAGGUAUGCAAAACAAACCAUACAAGUAAGUCAGCAAUGAGGGCUCCAGGAGAGGUUCAAGGGACAUUUAUUGCCGAAGCCGUGAUUGAGCAUGUAGCAUCUACCCUUUCCAUGAAUGUAGAUUCUGUGAGAAACAUUAAUCUCCACACUCAUAGCAGCCUUAGCUUGUUUUAUAAGCAUGCUGCGGGAGAACCCCAAGAAUACACAUUACAUUCAAUCUGGACUAAGCUGGCCUUGUCUUCUAAUCUAGACCAAAGGAUUGAGAUGGUAAAAGAGUUCAACAGAAGUAGCUUAUGGAAGAAAAGGGGCAUUUCCCGAGUACCUAUAGUGCAUGAAGUGGCAUUGAGAGCAACCCCUGGUAAGGUGAGCAUUUUAAAUGAUGGAUCUAUUGUUGUUGAAGUUGGUGGAAUUGAGAUUGGCCAAGGGCUGUGGACAAAGGUAAAACAGAUGGUAGCAUUUGCGCUUAGUUCAGUCCAAUGUGAUGGAACUACAGAGCUCUCGGAAAAAAUACGAGUCAUUCAAGCUGAUACGUUGAGCCUUAUUCAAGGCGGUUUUACAGCUGGAAGCACCACGUCUGAAGCAAGCUGUCAAGCUGUUAGAAUUUGUUGUGAUAUUUUGGCUCAAAGACUCUCGCCACUUAAAAAUAGUUUACAGGAACAAAUGGGAUCUGUUACAUGGGAGGUUUUGGUUGGUCAGGCGUACAACCAAUCUAUUAACUUAUCAGCAAGUACGUAUUAUGCUCCUGAGAUGGACUCCAUGCAAUAUCUGAACUACGGUGCUGCUGUGAGCGAGGUUGAGGUAGAUCUUCUGACAGGAGAAACCAGAAUCCUUCGGGUAGAUAUCAUCUAUGACUGUGGAAAGAGCCUCAAUCCUGCUAUUGAUCUUGGACAGAUAGAAGGUGCAUUUGUUCAGGGACUUGGGUUUUUUAUGCUUGAGGAGUACCUGACAAAUUCAGAAGGUCUGGUGGUGGCAGACGGCACAUGGACAUACAAAAUCCCAACUUUAGACACUAUACCAAAAGAAUUUAAUGUUGAGAUCCUUAAUAGCGGGCAUCACCAGAAACGAGUUCUCUCUUCCAAAGCUUCCGGUGAGCCACCCUUACUUCUGGCCGUGUCGAUUCACUGUGCGGCAAGAGCGGCUAUAAAAGAAGCCAGAGAACAGCUCCUUUCUUGGAGCGGUCAUGACGAGUCUAAUCCGAUAUUCCAGCUGGGUGUCCCCGCAACAAUGCCGGUUGUAAAGGGGCUUUGUGGGCUAAAUGGUGUGGAGAGUUACUUGGACUGGAGAUUGGGGAAGGAGCAGAAAGUAUGAGACCAACCUGACCAUCUCCUUCCCUACCACAUGUACCAAAAGAAGACAGAGUAUACUCGUUACACAGCAUAUCUCUGAGACAGUAGAUGGUUUCUUCUGAAGGGUGCAACUAACUUUCAUCUCCUGAAGCGAUUCUUGAAGAAUCCUUCACAGGGAGGAUGCUCAAUAGUAAGUCGCCACGUGAUGGAACUCCUUUGAAUAUACGACGGAAGAAGAAAGUCUGGUUUCGAUUCGCUGCUGCAGGAGUCGGGUAGUUGUCGAGAGAUCGCACUUUGCGCAUGGAAAAGUCGCCACUGUGUAUACGUCUGCCGGGCGACUUUCGUUCUUCAACGGGGCAUUGACCUUUCUCAUUGUAUUAUUCGCUUCACUAGUCUCCAUAGAUGCAAGGAGAAUGCGAGGAUAAGUUUUCCAAUGAAAUUGAUACUUUUCUUUUUGCUCAACAAAA